CUUCUAGGUCUCCAGUAGGUCGUGAGGAAGUUGAAGUACCUGAAGCACCUAGCCAGGAAUCUGCUCAGCAGGCUGAAGAUGGAGUUCUUAAAUUCACAGAAUGGGAUGCUGACAGCGCUGUUAUAACAUUACAGAUCGGAGCUACAACCCCAGGUUCUAGCUUGACCUCUGAUACCCUAAAGAGACUACGACGACAAUCCAGCCAACAGGCGCUGAAUAAAUCAAUAAAAACUCGAGAUUUCUACCAAUCAUCUCAAUCUAUAGUCUCAGUUGGAAGGAAGAAGGGUGGAGCAGAUGAAAGAAGAGGAGGAGGAGGAGGGGCAGGAGGCGUGUCUUGUAGUAGAAGUAUACCUUCACUACUUCUACCUACUCUAUACACAAAUACCUUGUCUGAAUGUGUUGAAGGGGACAGUGGGGAUAUCUACGAAACUGUAAACCAGAGCCCUCGUUCCUUGGUGUUUGAGCAGAAGGAGAGGCCUCCACGAAGACUGGACUUCUUUGGUUCUAGAUCCGACCUCUUUAAUGCCCAACAGGAUAUCUACGGAUCAAAAAAUGAUCUUUAUGCACAUAAAAACGAACUGUAUGGGUCUAAGAGUGAGUUUUUAUUUCAGAGACGUGAACUGUAUUCUCCCAAAGGAACUUUACUGCGGGGUCGGGAGGGAAGGGAGGUUGGGGAGGAGAGCGGUAACUUCUACGAGAGUGACUCCGGAGUAUCAAGUCUUUAUGAACCAUUGAGCUUUCACAACAAUUCACUUGAGCAUCCAUACUCCUCCCUAAAUAUGCAGGGCAGCUCUAACCAAAUAAACUACCAAGUGUUGCAUUCUAAAUCCAGCAGCUUACAGUCUGCAGGUUCCAGAUGUAGCUCUACAGCUGCAGAGUCCAAGACAAGCAGUUUAGACUCGACAGGAUCCAGGUUAAACCUUUACAUGGAGACUGAAGAGCUUCGAACCAGUGAUUCAAAACCUCGAGAUGAAAUACCAGAUGUAGAAGCUUUAAAAACUGGAAUAAUUCCCCUUGGGUUGGAAAGGGUGGAGGCCCCAGUAAGCUAUAAAGGAUUAUCACGGUUCCACUCUACCGCAGGAUUUACUGGAACCAGUAGGAGAUCUGAACAGUCAGUACCUCUUUUCUUCCGCAAUAGUACACUCAGUCCAUGUGAUAGAUCAGCUAAUGAGACAGGCUACAAACAGGCGGAUAUUAAUUCAAGUAAACCAGUAGAGGGUGGGUACACAGUGGAAGACAUUGACAGCUGUCUGGAGGGGGAGGUCGUAUACAGAUCGCGUUCAUCUGUGAGUAAGAACUCAAGACAGACGGAAAAAAGACUGAGUCUUCAAGCUGAAACACUCUCUACAAGUAGAAGAAGAUUGAGUCUAGUGGCAGAACACCAGAAAACCUCCCAGGAGAGAAAUACAAGGAACAGCAACCCUUUUCACAGAGAUCUAACUCUAAACAAGGAGAAUGGGGGUUCGAUAAAAAGUAACCAUGAAAAUGCUUUGAUUGGAAAUGGGUACAUGAAGAGAGGUCACAGUAAUGGACACCAUGAAAAUGUACGUAAAAAGAAUGUCAACAAUGAAAAUGAAUGCAAAGAAAAUGGGCACAUGGAGAAUGGAUAUAGAGAGAAAAGAUAUGCAGAGAAUGGAUACAAAGAAAACGGAUAUGCAGAGAAUGGAUACAAAGACAAUGGAUAUGCAGAGAAUGGAUACAUAGAAAAUGGAUAUUCACAUAAUGGAUUCAAAGAAAAUGGAUACAAAGAGAAUGGAUACAAAGAGAACGAAUAUGCAAAGAAUGGAUACAAAGAAAAUGGAUAUGCAGAGAAUGCAUGCAAAGAAAAUCACUUCGAGGAGAAUGGAUAUGAAAAACAUGGAUAUAAAAAGAACGGAUAUGAAGAACAUGGAUACAAGGAGAAUGAUUAUGAAGAAACUCCAAAUGAGCAAGGUUUAGAUAUACCUGAGAUAAAGACUCCACUAAGAGAAGGUAGAACCCUGCAGUCCCUGGUUCAUGGUCUCCUAGGACAGAUUGAUGUUCCUCUCCCUCUUCAUCUUCUGCUCUGCUCAAAUCCAAACCCUGCAGAUAAUCUAGCAUAUAUCCAGGACGUACUCCCUGAGAUUUCUGUGAACUCCAGUGCUCUCAGUCUGAUAGCUGAGAGAGAGAGAACAGACUCUAUCCUUGACUCUGGUCCUGACACUGACCAGCUCGCUGGUUAUAUCUGUAAGGAGCUCCAGGAACGAAUUGAUUUGUUAAGGUGUCGUCUCUCCAUUCUUGAAUCUGAGUGGGGUGAGAACAAUGCUACGCUUGCAAUCAUUCAAUCAACCCUUUGUCCUCAUUUACAACAUUCACAGAUGAACCAGCUGAGCUGCUACAGCAAGGAACUAGAGAUAUCAACGAGACUGCUCUACUCCCUCUCCUCCUCCCUCACUUCCUGCGCCUCUAAUAUUAUCUCCCUCACACUCAUCCAGGAUAAACCAACAUCACAGCUAGCACAGCUAGCCUUAGACAGGGAGUUCGAUAGGCAUCAGCUGCGUAAAGAUGGAUUCAUCGAGAAACUUGACGAAGCCAAGUUCUUGAAACAGCUGAUUAACAAGAGAAGAAGCAGAAUUGAACAGCUGAUCAGCCGCCAUCUUGCCCCACUUUACAUUGAGAAGUUUGCGGAUUUUUCCACUAAACUAGUCGAUAUUGUGUAUGGAGAAAUGGCAGUAAAGGAGAAAAUGCGAUGUCUAGAGAGACAGAGAAACGCACUCAAAAUUCUUUUUAAAAAUGUGUCCAUCUCAGUACUCUGAUUUUAACAAUGCAAUAAAAUUCGCCGACCCCUCCCCCCCCCUCUUUCCUUUACAGGAAAAAUGUUCGAAAAACUCUUUAAAGAAAUGAACCCGGUGAUACGCUGAUAAAUAUAUGUAAAAGUACUAUAA